UGGGUCUCGGUUGGCCACACAACGGAGCGCGGGAUGGGCCGGGCAGAGCCCAACCCCACUCUCACUCACUCUGGGCCGGGCCAACCAGCGGCUCGGCUACAAAAUCACCGAACCCCAACACCGCCGUCGGAGCAGCGGCGGCAGCAAGAGGAGGAGCGAGAUGGCGCAGCCCAGCAAGGAGCCGUGCAAGAAGGAGGCGUGCGACAUCCAGGCCUGCCUCUCCAAGAACCUCUUCGAUUCCAAGAAGUGUUUGAAAGUUAUUCAGUCACUACAAUCUUGUUGUGAGCAAUGCGAGUACAAAUCAACACAUUGUGGUUCUUUGUCGGGCUUGCUCAAAAACAUUUCAAAGUGAUGUAAUAAGACUAUCACUCAAUAAAGGUAAUUUUAGGUCUGCUUGGGAGUUAAUCAGGAUAUCAGUUUCUCUAAUCCAUCAUGUAUGACUGGGAGAAAUAAUAAUGCGCCAUCCUCAACCUGCAGAAAGGUCUUGUGGCUGCUAGUUGUUCGGUGCUGAGUUUGUCAAACACAUCUCUUUAAGAGGGAUACUGAUAUUGCCGUAUAACUGUAUUAUCCUUUGUAUUUCUUAUGCUCAUGUGCAGAUGUAAUUCAAGAAAAUAAGUGAACCCUGGCCUUGUUGUACACCAAUCUGCAUUUAUGAUAGGGAAGUGUUUUUGAAUUGCAUUAGUGUUCACCCUGCAUGUUCUACGGUACAAAAAAAAAAAACAAGUUUGUAUGAACACGAUGCACAGAAAUAAGGUCAACUGAUACUGUAAUAGUUAGUUAGCUCCCUCUACAAGCUAGUGUGCAAUUAGGAUGUUGGAUAUGAUUCCAGUCAGCAGUUAAUCCGCCAGAUCAUAUGAUGUCAUUAUCCUGUUGCUUA